AUGAUAAAAAUUAUAAAUAUCCUGUCCAUUCUAAAUCUAAUUUUUGAAGUAAAAGCUUAGCUAAUGGAUCCUCUAUACCAAGUAAAUCAAAAUAAAAUUUUUCUUAUUGAUGGGUAGUUUACCUAUGAAAAUGGUUUUAAUUAUGGACUCUGGUCUAAAUAUAAUCCUUUUAGUCUUAUAUCAUAAGUAGGGCCUGUUGGAUUGUUUGAAAGUAAUUGUUUUUAGCUUUAAAAUGCAGUUUCAUUAGAAACUUAAAGUUUGAAUCUAAUAUAUUUCGAUUGUUUAGAUUAUCAAUCUAGUUUGAUAACUAAAUCAAUCUACUUUGUUAAUAAUAAUAAUGAAUAACAUAAAAUUUAGAUAAAAAUAGAUAAUUUUGAAUAUGAAGAUGUUUGGUAUUUUUGUGGAAUGUAUGGGAUACCCAAUCUUAAUGAAUUGGAAAUUAUUGUAUUAUCAGUAACAAAAGUUAUUUUUCAUCAUGAAAUACUCAAAAUGUCUUACCCUUUUUACGAUUUAGAACUUCAAUUUACUUUUGGAAAUAGUUUAAUAGUACAUGAUUCUAAAAUUUCAUCUAUAUUACCAGGUACUAAAUUUUCUUAUUUUCCUGGACCAAUAAUUUUAAAAAGAUUUACAAAGUUCAAUUUUCCAUCUGAUGAAAAUCUAUAAUUGCAGGCAUUUCGAAUAUUAGAAAGACAUGCUAUUUGUGAUUGUAUUAAGAAUUAAAAUAAUAAAAUUGCUGAUACUGAGUUAAAUUAACUUGAUUACAGCACUUAUUUAUCAGAAAAACUAAAUUGUGAUUAUUUUCUUUUAUCUGGUUGGAUAAGAAUUAAGGAAAUUGUAAAUUCUGAUGAUGAAUUUAUCUAUUAAUUUAUUAGAUUAGCUUAUAACUUUGAGAAUUCAAAAUUUUCUAAUAAAAAUCUACAUCCUUUCUCUUUAUCAUAUUUGAUAUCCCCUUUAUAAAAUAAAAUAAUUGUUAGUACAUAUAGUUAUACUUUUCCAAUAGUUACUUUAGAUUUUUUAGAUAAUCCUUUUCUUAAAUAGAAAGAAUUUAAUAUUAUAAAUGAUAUAACUUUAUGGCAUUAUUUAUAUGUAAAUUUAAAUGAGAAUUCAAUUGAUAUUUAAAUAAAAUUUCUAGAAUUAUAUAAUGUUUAUGAAUUUAGAGAAACUGUUGAUGUAAUUUAAUUUAAACAAAAUCAAUUAAAAUUAUUUUAUGGUAAUAUUGAUUAAAUUGAAAAUAAUUACUUAAAUAUAAAAUUAAGUAAUGUAGUAUUUUACAAUUGUUAUGAAGAAUAUUUAUAAUAAUCUUGUCAUAUAAGUUGUUAAGAAUGUGAUGGUCCAACAAAUCAAGAUUGUUUAUCAUGUUCAAUAGAAUCUAGAAGAACGUAUAUAAUUGAAAAAAAAACUUGUAUUUGCCCUUAUAAUACAAUUGAUGUUGGAAUUUGUCAUUCAUAUUAAGAUUCUGGAUUAAUAUUAAUUGAAGAAGAGAGAAAAAAUAAUUAAUGUAAUUAUGGUUAUUUUGAGUAUUUAUAACAAUGUAUCUUAUGGUAUUAUAUUUUAUUAUUAUAGUCCUUCAAUAAUUACUGAAUAUGUAGUAACUUGUUUGGAAUGUCUCUAAAAUCCUUAAAAAUGGAGUGAAAAUCCAAAUUGUAAAACUGAUAUCUUUUUAAAUUCAAAUGGAAGUAUUGAAUAAACCUUCUUAACUUCAACUUAUGAUAAUUUUAUUUUUGAUAGUAUAGAUGUGUAACUUUGUUUUUCUUGUGAUGAAACAAAUUUUUAUAACCAGGAAAUAUUAGUUAAAGAAUUAUAAUAAAGAAAUGAAGAAUUUAAAAACUAUUGUACUAAUAAAUCACCUAAUUGUUAUAAAUGUGGAUUAUUUGAUUGUCUAGAAUGUUAUGUUACUAUUUAAGGUUUAAGAUGUUCUAAAUGUAAUCAUUUAAAUUUAAUCAAUGGAUUCUGUAAUACAGAUUCAUUAUAAAUAAUCAUAAAUCCAUGCGUCUCUCCUUAUUAUAUUACAUCUAAUUAAGAAUGUAAACUUUGUACAAUCUAAAACUGUAAACAAUGUUUUGAAUAUUAAAAAUUGGAAUAAGAAUUAAAAUGUACCUUAUAUAGAAAUUUUGAUAAUUUUUAUACAGAAGAUAUACAUAUUAUCAAAAUAGGAUGUGCUUUAUGUGAUGAUAAUUAUAUUUUUGAUUUCGAUUUAGGAAUUUGUAUGAAUCAACAAUCUUAAAUAGAAUAUUGUUUAAGAUCCUAUAUCAAUUUAUAAGGAUAGGAAAUUUGCACAUUAUCUUCUAUUUAAGACUUUAGUAUAGCAUCAGAAAUUAUAAACUGUUAAAAAUAUGUAUCUAAUUGCAUAUAAUGUAUUUUAAAUCCAGAUUAAAAAAUUUAAUGUAUAAUUUGUAAGACAGGAUACUCAAAUUAAAUUUAAACUGGAAGUUGUUUUGAAAAUUCAAUAGAAAAUGCAAUUAUUGUUAUGGAAGGAGAUUUUUAUAAUAGAGAUGCAUCAUUAUGGUUGAUAUAAAGUUUUAUGAUGAGUUUUUUACCAAACAAUUAUUAUUAUCCUCCAGGAUCAUUAAAUAAUUAUAUUCUUUUUUUUAUGCCUAUCUAAUGUACUUAAGGAUAUUAAUUAACAAUUUAUUAGGAUUGUGUUAAAUAUUGUAGUGAAGAUUGUUUAUAAUGUCAAAGAUCUUAGGAAUAAUUUAUAUGUUAAUAAUGUCCUCUUAAUUAUUUUUAUUAACCUAUAAGAAUUUAAGAAAAUGGUUAAUGUAUUUAAUGUCCAUAAUUAUGUGAUGUUUGCAGAAAUAGAUAGGAUAUCGAUAUUUAUGUAUUUUAUUUUAUUUUAUAAAUUAGAAUCUAUAACCAAAAUUUAAAUUAACUUAAAAUAAUAAAAUAUAUACCAAAAUUUGUGUUAAGCAAAUUAAUAAUAUUAAUGUUGUUAUUGAUCCUUAUUAUUAGAUUGCAAAAUAUUGUUAUACUUAAGAUUGUUGGACUCAUUUCUUAUAUUAAUUUAUAUCAGAAAUUAUUUUUGUAUCUUGUAUCAAUUCAGAAGGAGGAGAUAAAUUUUCUGAUUUAGAAAAAUCUAUCAAUACAGAUUAUUUAAACUAAGUUGGUGUUGAUUAAAUUAUAAUUGAUUAUACUUUUUAUAAUGAAUAUACAGAAGAAAUUUGUUAUAUAUAAUGUCCUAUUUUAUAUGAUACAUACUUAAAAACUUAAAUUUUUAGUUUAAGAAAGACAAUUUUAAAAAUAAAUUUUAAAUCAUCCUGCAUAAUAUUUUUGUCUAGCUCAACAAUAUUUUAAAAUUUUGAUUAAGUUGAAAUUUAUAACAUUUCUUUUAUUGAUGCUAAAUCAUUUCUUAUUUCAAAUGAUAAAAAUAUAAUUGAUUUAAAACUAUCUAAUAUACUACUUAAAGAAAGCAAAUAUGAUAAUAUUACUAUUAUUUAAACGGAUUAUUUUGGCAAUAUCGAAUUUUUUAAAAUUACUCUGAUGAAUUUGAAUUUUUAUAAUUCUUCUUUCUUAAAUCUAGCAUCAUCUUUAUUUAAAGGAUAUCUACAAAUUGAUACUUUAUUAAUUGAAAACUGUUUUAUUUUUAACUCUGAUCUACUCAUAUUGUCAAAAAACAAUUUCACUAUUUCUAUUAAAAAAAUUACAAUUAAUUCUUGCAAUUUUGUCAAUUCUUCAAUUUUUAGAAGUUUUACUGAUAAAUCAAUCUCUUAAAAUUCUAUAAAUUUUGAAGAUAUUAUCAUUACAAACUCUAACUUUGCUAAUUCAUAUUUUAUAAAUAGUGAAAAUAACUGUAAUUUAAAUCUUAAUAGUUUCUAAUUCAAAAAUAACUUUCUUAAAAUGUCAAUAAUAAUUUCUUUUGAUAAUAGUUUAGAAUUAUCAAAUGUUUAAACAAUUUAAAAUACAUUUAUUUAAUCUUAAUUUAUUGCCACUAAUAAUAUAUAAAGUAAAGAUUUAAUAAUUUGCAAUGUUUAAAAUUAUAGUGCUAUAGAAAAUCAACUUGAAGAUUCUAAUUUAUUUUUCAUCUUUUCUAGUUUAACAGUAAAUCGUAUUAUUAUAUCUAUUACAGAUAUUCAAAUAGUUGAUAUAAACUAAGUUUAGUAAACAAAUACUUAUAUUCAAUUAUUUAAGAUUCAUGGAUAAUCUUUCUAAUUUAAGAAUGCAAUAAUUUAGAAUAUUAAAAAUUGCAUUCUUUUUUAUAUCGUUGAAAAUUAAAUUGUUAUUAUGGAGAAUGUGAUUUUUUAAACUACUCAAGCUCUAUAAAAGGUUCCUUUGAAUUUAAAAUGUAUUGAUGAAUUAAUAUUAAACGAUUCUUACUUUUUACAUUUAAAUGGAUUUUAAAAUUUAAAAUUAACAAAUAUUUAAAUAAUAAAUUAAUAAAGUACCUUUUAAUCAUAAAUUCAAGUAGAAUUUAGUAGAUAAUUUUAUGAUUAUUCCUUUGGUGAAAUAGAACUUAAAAAUGUGUUAUUUGAGGGAAAUAUAUUACUUUAAAGAGAAAAUGCUGAUUUAUUUUCUUUAAUUGUAAUUUACUCUUAAGAUAAAUUGAAAAUUGUGAUUGAUGAUAUGACAUUUACAAAAAACUUUUUACAUUAAUAUAUUGAUAAUCCUUUAGAAACAUCAGCUGGUUUAAUUUAUUUAUAAUCAUAAUUAAGUAAUGUAGAAAUAACAAAUUUAUUUUGUUAAUUUAAUUCAUUAACAAAUUCAUCAAACUCUUUUAUUGUACUUAAUGCUUACUCAAUUAAAAUUUCAAAUUUUUAAGUUAUGAAUCAUAAUAUUUUACCUUACGAAUUAUUGUAAAGCUAUUUUUAAAUUUAAUUAAAUUCAGAGUUGAAUUAAGAUGAAAUUAAUCUAGUAAUGUAAUAAUCAUUGAAAAUACUUAAUAAAGGAGGAGCAGGUUAAAUAAUUGCAUCAUCAUUUACUUGUUAAAAUUGUUAAUUUAGAAAUAUUCUUGCUUAUUAAAGUGCUAUAUUUGAUAUUAAAACUUAACAAUAAGGUGAAAUAGAAUUAAAUAAUAUAUCAGCAAAAUAUAUUGAAACUAAUUUAUAAUAAAUUAGCGGCUCUGGUUGCAUUAGCAUUUACUCUUAAAAUAGUAUUUUAAAUUUGAAAAUUGUAAAUGCAUAAUUUACAAAUAUAUUAACCAGAAUGUCUUCAACUAUUUUAACUAUAUAACCUUCAACUCAAGGAAAUAAAAUUAUCUUAAAAAACAUCGAAAUUACAAAUUGUAUUUCCUUAUUGAAUCAAUUUUUUAGUAUUUCAUUUUAAUCUUUAAACUUAGAAUUAGACUCUGUGCAUAUAUAAAAUAUUACAGCAAUUUAAGCAGAAGAUUAUUUAAUUAAAUAUUUCUCAAAAAUUGGAAUUAUAUCUUAAUCUGAAAUAUAAAGUAUUAUUAGUGAUAAUAAUGCUGUGAUUAAAAUUAAUUAAGGAAAUAUAAAAUUAAUUAACAUAUUUUUUGAAGGAAUUUUCUUAUCACCUAUUUUUAAAUUAAAUAAUUUAGUUAAAUUAAAAAUAGAAAAUUGUUGGUUGUUAUAAAUUUAAACAUUAUAUCCAUUCAAUUUGAUAUCUAUAAGUUCAACUGAAGAUAUCUUAUCAACAAUAUACUUAGACACAUUACAUAUUACUAAGAGUUCAGCUUAUUUAAUAAACUCUAGUUAUUUCUAUCUUCUGAAUAAUGUGGAUUCUAUUUUAGUAGAAUGUAUUUAAUAUAAUAAUUUAACUUAUGGAGAUAAUUAAUUAUACUUAAUAGAUACUAUUAAAAAAUUUACAGAGUUGGCAUCAAAUUCUAGUUCAUUAAUUUAUAUUUCCAUUAAUUCGAUUUAACAUACAUUACAUGUUUAAAAUCUUAAUAUACAAAAAAACAAUUGUACUUAUUGUUAUAAUGGUAUUAUUAAUUUAUCGAUUACAAACUUUAAACAAUUAAAAAUAUAAUAAUUAUAUUGCGGUUUUAAUAUUAUAAAGGGAUUUGGAUGUUUAUCUAUUGUGGUAAAUACAUAGAAGUAUCCAACUAUUAAAAUUUAUAAUUCAAAUUUUAUAAAUAAUUAAGGAAAUCAAGGAACAGCAAUAAUGGCUUAAAAUAUAUAUUUAAAUAUAGAUAAUUGUCGUAUUGUUGGAAAUUAAGCCACUUUAUCAGGUGGAGGUAUUCAUUUAUUUGCAAAUAAAAAUGCAUUACUCAUAAAAAAAUCUAUAAUUUUAUAUAAUUAAGCAAAUUAAGGAGGGGGAAUUUAUUUAGUUGGAAAUAACCAAUUAAAUUAAUUAAAUUUUAUUUCUUCUCUUUUAUUGUUUAAUAAAGCUAUUCUAUAAGGAAAUAAUCUGGUUGAAACCCCAAGUCAUCUUGCUCUUUCUAUUAAUGGCAAAGAAAUGAAUUCACAAGAAUAUAUUAUUAAUAAUACAUAGACUAAUUUAUUAAAUCUUAAACCUUAUAAAACUAUUUAAUAAGGAAUAAAAAUAAUUUCAAAUAUUUUGAUUCUUCCUAGUAAUUAAUAAAUAUUAAAUUAUUUAUUAUAUCAUCCAAAAUCUUAAAGAUAUUUAUAAUAUCUUUCUAACUUUUCUUUAUUAUUUAAAAAUAGUAGAAAUGAAUAAAUUAAAAAUUUAAUAGAUUCAAAUUGUAUUGUUAGUUAAUUAGCAGUUUUACAGGAUUAAUUUGUAGAUCAUGAUAAUUUUGAAUAAAAAGUUAAGAUUUAAUUUGAUAAUGAAAAUAAUAAUUUUAAUUUAGGUUUACUUUCAUUAACUUUGAAUCCAUAUUAGAUUUCAGAAACUAAUUAUUUGAUUAAAUUUAGAUGUUAAACAACAGAUUCAUAGAAGAAUAUGGAUUAUAUCAUCAAAACUAAAAGUUUUUCAUGUUAAUUAGGUGAAUUUUAUGUUGAUAAUGGAUGUUAAAUUUGUUAAUCUAAUUAAGGAUUUUAUUCAGUUACUUAUAAUGCAACAAAAUGUUCAGUAUUUGAUAAAAGUAAAUAUUAAAGCAUAACUUCAAAUAAAGUUGAAUUAUUAAAAGGUUAUUGGAGACCUAAUAUAUACUCUGAUUCAACAGAUUAUUGUUUUAAGAAUCCAAAAUUUUGUGAAGGUGGUUGGAAUGUUGGGAAUGAAUUAUGUAGUACUGGACAUAUUGGAGGAUUAUGUGAAGAAUGUGAUUAUUAAAAUAUAAGAGGAAAUGGAAAAUAUAUUAAAACAUAAUAAGAUUAACUUUGUUUAAGUUGUUAUGGAGAUUAAGAUAGUAUUCUUCCUUUUAUAUUAACAUCAAUUUGGUAAAACUUUAUCUCAAUAUUUAGGGCUUUAUUAUCAAUUAUAUUAUCUUUGAAAAGUAUCAAUUAAUCUAAUUAAUUAUUUACAUCUCUAAAACUUCAAUAAAAGUUUUUCUCUAUUAUUUUUAAGUUAAGUUAAGGUAUUAUUAUUUAUUAUAAUUAGAUCAUGAAAGUAUAUUUCUAAAAAUGUUAUUAAAUUAUUUGUGGAUAUAUUCUGUUAUUUAUACAUUUAAUAUUACCUUUUCUUUUUCAUUUAUUUUUGUUGAUUAAGUAAGCAAUACAUCUGCUUUUAUGGCUAAUAAUUUAGAUUGUUAUUUAUCUGAAAUAGAAGAGAUAUAAUUAAUUUAUUCAAGAAUUAUUACUAUGCUUAUUUUGAUGAUAUUUUAAUUGCUAUUAAUAUUAAUCUUAUCUUAUAUAUACUUUAAAAUAAACAGAUAAGAUAUUAAAUAAUAAUAUUAAUUUGAUACAAUUUCUAAUACAUUAAUUUAUUUAUAUAUAUCAAAUUUUGGAGGACUAAUUAAAAUGUAAUUUAUAAUUUUAAAUUAGGUUUUCAUCAGUACUUUCAAAAAGAGAAAUCUCAGGCUUAGAUUAUAUACAAGGUGAUGUUUCUUUAGAAUAUUGGUCUUCAACUCAUUUUAAAUGGACAGUAUCAUUUAUUAUUCCAGGUUUGGUUAUAUUUUGUAUAUUGAUUCCUUUUUUUUUAUUAGCUAUAAUGUAUAAAUUGAAAGAUCAAUUUGAUUCUAUAAAAAAGAGAAGGCACAUUUCCUAUCUUUUUAAUGAAUAUAAUAAUGGAAAUUAUUAUUGGGAAUUAAUCAAAUUGACUAAAAAAACAAUUAUAAUACUUAUUCUUACAUACUUUGAAACUCAAAUUCUUUUAAAAGCUUCCUUAUUAGGCUUAUGUUUACUUUUUUAUUAACUAUUGGCUGUUCAAUAAAAGCCAUACAUUAUUUCAAAUCUUAAUCAUUUGGAUUUGCUAACUGGAUAAAUUUGUUCAAUUACAAUUUUUCUUGCUGCUUCUAAAUACGUUUCUGAGUAACAGAAUAAUUAAAUGCUAUCUAUUUUAUUAUAAAUAAUAAUCAUUAUCCUUUGUAUAUUAUUAUGCUUCCCUUUUUUUUAAGGAAUCUUUAGCAUUUAUUACAAAAAAUACUAUAUACUAAUCCUGAAUUCAACAUUAAAAUUAUUCGAAAAAAUUAAGAAGGAUUCAAAAUUUACAGAAAAAAUUAAAUAAGUUUUGAAACAAUAAAAAAAUAAAGAAAAAAGAGUGAAGUAUAAUUAUAUCAAAUUAAAAGACUACUUAAAAUCAUCAAUAAAAAUUAAAAAGUAAAUAUUAAAUAAUUAUAUUUAGAUAAAUGUUGUAUAAUCUACAAACCACGAUAGAUUCAGAUUAAAACACGAACUAAAAAUUUUAAUCAAUGGUAUUUUUAAUCAAACCAAAAAUUUGA